AUGGCGUCCUCAACAACCCUGAUGGAUAUGAGCAUGAGCAGCAUGACUGGCAUGAGCUCCCUGACCGCCAGCAUGGACAUGUCAGACAUGGACAUGGACAUGUCCUCCAUGUCAAUGAACAUGUAUUUCUCUCUGGCAUACGAAGGCUAUCCUGUCUUGUUUAAAGGUUUUUCUGCCUCUAACGCAGGUCAAGCCUUUGGAAUCUUCUUGUUAUUCUUCGUCGCCUCAUUCGUCACGAAAGGGUUCGAGUUCGUUAAAGUGUAUCUCGAGCUGAAGGUUUGGAAUAACCCUAACUACCAGACUCCACAGGUGACAACAAUUGCCGGGGACUGUGGAUGUGACGACGAGAAUGAGAAAGUGUCUGAUGCCAGCGAGGGUUACACGCCAACCGGCAACCAAAAACAAUCAUCUAUUCUUACGGUUGUGGGAAGGGACACUAUUAGAAUUGUCCUUUGCUUUUUAAUUGAGAUGUUCGGAUACGCCAUGAUGUUGGUGGCAAUGACUUUUAGUUUGGUUUACUUUUUUGCCGUUGUGCUUGGAAUGGCUUUCGGCCGCGUCUUUUUCGAGAAAUUGAGCGAAAGAUUAAACAUUCGUCCAGGGGCCAACAAUUUUCAGGGCCAUCAUUGA